AGUCUCUCUAGUGGGGUCCGAUCCAAUCCUCUUCUGCUUGGCCCUGUCUGCUUGCAGUUGCCCUCUAACCUGGGAGGGGAGGGUCUGCUGCCUUUGGUGGCGUCAGCCAGCAGCAUGGUAGAGAAGCGGUGCCCACGGCUGCAGAGAGAGAGUGUGUACCGCUGGUUCUCCGAGCUGCCCUCUCCUCAGCGGGUGGAGUUCUUGUGUGGCCUGCUGGACCUGUGUAUCCCCUUGGAAUUGCGCUUCCUGGGCGCCUGCCUGGAAGACCUGGCUCGCAAGGACUACCACUCGCUGCGGGAUUCCGAGAUCAAGGCCAACAACCCCGCCGACCUGGGCAGCCUGACCAACCUGACGGAUGAGGUGGUGCGCAGCAAGCUCUUGGUCUCGCUGGCUCUCCUGGGGUCAUCCCACCGGGAGGCGGCGGGGGUCCUCUUCCGGACUCUCACCCACAUUGACUCUGUCAUUCACAACUAUGGACUGCAGCUCAACGAGGGCCGGACUGGGGAUGAGUUUUUGCUGCUGUUCACCAUGGCCUCCAACCAUCCCGCCUUCAGUUUCCACCAGAAGCAAGUGUUGAGACAGGAGCUCACCAAGAUCCAGAACAUCGUUGCAAAUACCAGCAAGAGCCACAACACUUCUACGGCGAGCCCCAUGGGAACAUGUCCUGGUUGCCACAAGGUCACUCCACGAUCCGAGACCCCCAUAAACAGUGUUGGUAACAGUUUAGAAAAUGCACUACAUACAUCAGCACAUUCCAUUGAGGAGUCAUUACCCAAGAGGCCUUCAGGGAAACACUCUAAAGUGAGUGUUGAAAAAGUGGAACUAAAGGGAUUAUUGCAUACGAAGAAUGAUAGGAACAUGGAAUAUUCCUUUGAGGUAUUCUGGUCUGAUUCUUCAGUGACAUUGGUAACAAAGUCGUCUGCAGAAGUGACUGAAUUUGUUUCAAAGUUAUGUCAGCUGUAUCCAGAAGAAAAUUUGGAGAAAUUCAUUCCUUGCCUAGCCAGUCCUGAUUCAUUUUACUUGGAAAGAAACCACAUGGACCGAGAAUCAGACCUUAGGUAUUUGGCAUCGUUACCAUCCCACGUCUGGAAAAAUGAUCAUGUCAAGAAGUUUUUCAGCUCUUCGUCUCACUCCCAACAGCUUCAGAGUUCAAGUCCCAGCAGCACUUCCAUUUAUAAAGCAAGCACUACAUUGGGCGCUUCUGGAAGACCUGUCUGUGGUGUAGCUGGCAUCCAGUCUUCGCAGAACAACCUCCAGCAUCACGUCCAGCAUCCGAACGCUCCCCCAGUUGCACUUCCCCACUGCUCACACUCAGGUGGGGCUGGAUCCUCGCUAGCCUGCCGCUCUCAGCUGGAGAACACUUCACCUGUGUUAAUGACGCCCAGUCCUCAGAUCCCCCAGGCCCAGGAGCAAAACGGGAUUUUGGACUGGUUGCGGAAGCUGCGCUUGCACAAGUACUACCCAGUUUUCAAACAGCUCACAAUGGAGAAGUUCUUGAGCCUUACUGAAGAAGACCUGAAUAAAUUUGAAUCCCUCACCAUGGGUGCUAAGAAGAAGCUGAAGACCCAGCUGGAGCUGGAAAAGGAAAAGUCUGAGAAAAGGACCCUAAAUCCAGCAGUUUCCUCUUCUGUGAGCAGCAGUGGGGUGGCCAGAGUUCCUCCUACUACUCACAUUGGACCGAUCCAGAGUAUCCGUGGAAACCAUGCAGCAGAGCUGCGGGUAGAUGUGGAUCAGCCGUCCACCACAGUGCCCCGUGAAGGAAGCUCUUCUGAAUACUCCAGCUCCUCUUCAAGCCCAAUGGGGAUCCAGACCCGGGAAGAGAGUUCAGACAGCGCCGAGGAGAACGAGAGACGUUUAGAGAUCCACUUGGAAGCCUCGGAGAAGGAGAAGCCAGUCAUGAUCUUGAAUCACUUCAACUCGAGCUCCGCCCGGCCUACCGCACAGGUCUUGCCAGUGCAGAACGACGCCGGCUCCGGUCCCUCCGCUCACCACCCCUUGCCCAUGCAGGUGACGGCUGCAGGCUCCCCGCACAUCACCCCAAUUAGGAUACUAAACUCUUUGCACAAGCCCGAGCGAGGGAGCACGGACAUGAAGCUCCUUUCGUCCUCUAUGCACUCGCUCCUGUCUUUGGACGACAGGACAAAAUUCCCGCCCGGACCCCCCCCUCGGAGCAGCAUCAAGAUAGAGAAGAGCUUUGGAAACACCAUCAUGGACGGGAUGUCCCCCUCGGCCCAUCAGUCCUUGCAGGUGCCCUCAGGAGUUCUGGAAAACGGACCCGCCCCUUCCAUGAACUUUGGCCCACGCACCAAAGUGGUUCAUGCUUCCACCCUCGACAGAGUGGCGAAAGCAGCCCAGCAGCCGGGAAUGAUGGCGGAGGCGAGCACCACGGCCCCCGUCACCUCCAGCACGGUCUUCCACGUGGCGCGACAGCCCAUCAAGCUCCUGGUGUCCUCUUCCAUUCCCACCGAUUCGACAGUGGCGGGGCAGAGCUCCUGCCCCGGCAAUAUGCAAUUCAGCGUCUCCCCAGCAAUAAUAGCUCCCCGGACUGCUCUCUACACAGCCAACACCAAAGUGGCCUUUUCUGCCAUGAGCAGCCUGCCAGUCGCCCCGCUGCCCAGCAGCAGCAGCUUCUGCGCAAACAGCAACACUGCCUCCUCCAGCAGCCACCCCUCCACCGCCUUCCCAAACAUGACCAACCUGCCCAGCUGCCCCGCUCCCAGCUCCAGCCCCACGCUUUCCGCUCCUGCCGAGAACAGUUACUACAACGGGGGCGGCGGCUCGCCAGGCAGCAUCCCGGUGCCCAGCCAGACGCACCACCAUCACCACCACCAUCAGCAGCAGCCCCCCAGCUGCAUGGUCUGCAGCUCCUGCGGCUGCAGCGGCAACUGCGGCUCAAGCGGCCUGACGGUCAGUUACGCCAACUACUUCCAGCACCCCUUCCCCGGCCCGUCCAUGUUCCCUUUCCCCUUCCUGCCCUUCAGCCCGCUGUGCAGUAACGGCUACAUCAACACGCAGCAGUACAACAGCAGCUCCGCUUUCCCCGUGGCCCCCUCUCCUUACAGCAGCGGCAUCACCCCGGACUCAGUCAUGAGCGGGCAGUCCACGUUCGCGGUGCCGCCCAUGCAGAGCUUCAUGGCGGGGACGGCAGGGGUGUAUCAGGCGCAGGGGAUGAUGGGCAACAACAGCGGUUCAAGCCACAAAAAAAAUGGACACCUGUCCUGUUACAACUGUGGAGCCAGCGGGCACAGAGCUCAAGACUGUAAACAGCCCCCGAUGGACUUCAACAGACAAGGUACAUUUAGGUUAAAAUAUGCUCCGCCCGCUGAAAGUCUAGAUUCCACAGACUGACCUUGACUCCACAGACUUCAUACUUUGUGGUGGCAAAAAACCCCUGGGCUCGUUAGGAAGCUUCAUAUUGGAAUCCGAAAAGUCCGUUUUGCUGAGCGUAAUAUUUUUUUGUGUUUUUUUUUAAUCCAAAGGUGCUCUACUUCACUACAAUAGGAAGGGAUUGAAGUUUAGGGGCUUCUCCAACCCAUUUUUACUGAUUGCCAAAUUGUAAUAUGGAUCUUAAAUGUUGGGCCUUCCAGGUGGCAGGUGAAACUGGCCAAUUACCACCCUUUUCUGAUGUAAACAAGCUCCUGCACUUUUUUUCGCUGAAGAAUGUUGCCAUACUUGGACCUCCAGGGCUGAAAACUCAAAAACUCCUGGGCAGCUAUGUUGGAAGCUGGAGGGAGAGGAAGAGGUGGAUGGCACAGUAGCCGUUUGUGGGCUGAACGCUGACACACCAAGGCUAGGUUUUAAAAAUGCCUACUUUUUUCCUCCACGCAAAUCAGGCACUAAACUCUGGGAUUUUAAAGGAUUGCACUACAGAAGAAUGUAUGAUUCUGUUCUGAAUGUCUGCAUUUUUAGCAGGCGGAUAUGCGGAGAUCAGAGUGGGAGAGACACAUUUCCAACCGUUGCAAAACGGGCACCAGCAGACAAUGUGAACUUCUAAUAAAGAAAUCUUAAUCCUCUCUCUCCCCUCUCUCCCAAAAGAACGAUGGUGGAAGUUUCAGUUAACACUGGAAACGGUUAUGCUGUGCUUGUCAGCAUUUAUUCCUAAACAGAACUCUUGUUAACCAGCAGCAGCUUCAAUGUAGUUUCCAAGGGUCUGUGGCCAGAGCUGAAAAUUGUAAAGUCCCCCCCCCCCCCUUUCCUUUUCAAAAGUUAUUCCUCUCGGACUUCUAAAAUCGUGUCGCUCAUAUCUCGGGUUUCCUUUGCUGGAAACAGUACUCUGCCUUAGUAACAAAUUUUAAGCUUUUCAGACUGUAGCUGUAGUUUGCAACCUGUUGCUUUAGUGGACACAGCAGAACUUGCAUCGCCUUUCACUACAGGAAGCAGAAGUCACUACAGGAAAGAGGCGGCAGCUGUGUUGCUGUCCUUCUCAUGACGGGUUCCCACCCAUCUUCCUUGAUCAAAACACACUACAAAGCUUUCGACGUUAGCUACUGCGUGUGCAUCUCCACUCACUUUAAAUUAGCUUUCGGCUGAAGUCAGCCUGGUGCAUACAGCAGCCUAGAAACAAUAUGGACCUUCCUUACAAAAAGGAGGGAAAUCUCAUGUGCAAAUGCCACGCGCUGUGUUGGGUCGGCGAUGGAGCUGAAACUUAAAACUGCUGUGACCCCCCAGGUCAUGUCACAUAAGCUGGUGUGGUUAUGGCAAAUGGGUAUUGUUGAUAGCAACGACAGGUGCCGGGGCCUUGGCCACGCCUCCUUUCUGCAAGUACAUGUGGUAAUAAAUGCUCCUUUGCUGUGGCCAGGUAUGGUAGGGGCUCUGGACACAGCAAUGCGGAUGGCGGUAGAUGUGGUGGUGUAGCAGCAGGGGCCAGGAUUUUUGUUUCCUUCCGUAAUGCAGGGGUGAGCUCUAGCAUAUUCUUCAGGGCAGCAUGUCUUACCUUGUUGCCUUUGAAAAACAACCUGGUGUAUUCCUUUGCUCAGAGGCAUCCAAUUUUUUUUUUUAAAAAAUAUCUCUGGGAGGAAGCGUCGCAUGAGAUUCAUGCAGUUUCCUGGCUUAACGGAAACCGAGUCCAAAGCUGUAUCAUCUGGUUUCUAGUAGCCCACAAUAACGUUUUGUCACUUCUAUGCAAGUUUGCACCCAGAGUUUGGCUUAAGCAAGGUACAUCUAAGCAACCACUUGCCAUGAAUGACUGAAUGUGAAAUACGGUGGCCAGGAGGAGACAUGUAAUAUCUUGUCACAAGGGGUGGGGUGGGGUGGAUAAAACCUGACAGAGCAAUUUACUUUUGCCUUAAUAGUAGGAACACAUUGCCACUCUGUUUUGCACCUUCCACGGAAGGGUUAGCUUUUCUGGAAGGCAUGGAAUUAUGUACUGAAAGCCAGAUGUUCCCAUAUGAAAACAAAUGAGCAUUCUUUUUUUUUUCUAGAGCAGCAAAAACCUGUGGCACUUUUCUUGGAAACGGUGGUGUAUGAAUAUUCAUCAUGAACUUGACUGGGCAUCUGUAACUGGGAAAACUGGCUAAAAUGUCUUACAAUCAGGGCUUUAGAAAUUUGAGAUUAUUCCUUCAUCUAAAAAUAGUCAUUUUCUUAACUACCCCUUCUUUCAGAAGAAACUGUCUUGGGCAAGUGAACCAUACCCCUAGGAAAACUUUUUUAAGCGUUGUUCAUUCCCAAAAAUAUUUCUUUGAAGCUGUAUAAGGCAUGCCUAAGAGCUGUUUUUUUUUUAAACAAAAAUUACCAAGGAGGAACAUACAUAGGACCUCAAGCAUAUAAAGAAAUGAACAUUUUAAAAAUGAUACUGUCUGAUUUGAAUCUGUGUGUACGAAAAGGAUCUAGGAAGAGGCAGUUUGGCUCCUUUUGUGAAAAAAUAUGAAACAGCAUGCAAAACCACCAGCAGUCCUGGCCUAGAUGGGAUGAAAUAACGGCUUUUACUUAUAAACCUAACUGUGGCAUGGCAAACUUCAUUAGAAGUAGUUCAGAGCCUACCGACGCAGAGGUCUGUGGUUGCACCGUGCGACUCCUGGGAAACGUUGCAACUCGUCUACAAGCUGUCUUAGGUCCGCCUGAUGAAGGGAGGGCCAUUCUGUAUGUCAGGCCAUCGCAGAGCAUCUCCCCCCCCCCCCGCCCCGCCCCAAUACCACAUGCUGCAGCUCUCGUCUCCAAUUUGCUGUAAAGUUGGUAAAGAACUUUUUAAAAAAACCAUAUUUAUACCAGCCUAAACUGCUUUGCUGGAUGUGGCCAAAGGUAGGAGUAAAAGCAGCACUAAUUCAAAAUGCUAUCAACAUCCAAAUAAUUGUCAGUGUUGUACCCAACCCUUGGGACUAUUUCCACAUUUCUUACACACAGAGAGAAACCUGCUUCAUAGGGCAGGUGGGCAUAUUUCUUUUAGGUCAUAACUUCCCUCUAGGAAUGAAGGAAAUUCCUCAGCCCAUUUUGAGCCAUUUCUUUUUACAUCUAGUAUUAUGUGGGGGUUGGGGGGGGGGGGGAAUGUGCAUGUAACUUUAUAAAUAAAAAGUUUUGUAAAUAUUUAAUAUCCACUUAAUUUGAUUUGGAAUUGUAAAUGUCAAGUAUUCUGGUAUUGGGAUUUUUAUGUUUUAUUAUACUUUGUUAAAGGUAAAAAUUGUACAUUUUUAGGAUGUUUUUAUCUGAGUAAAGAUUUAAUGUACUGAAAAAA